AUGGGAUGCGUUAACUCCAAAUACACUCCUCCUCGUCGGAACGAUGAGAGAAGGUUGAAACGAAACAAUGAGGAUGCACCCAAAUCACUCGCCCGCCACCACAGCAAGGACUCUUCAUCUAACAAGCACCAAGUGAGGUUGAAAGAAAAGGUAGAAAGAGUUGUGUCCAGUGAAAAAGAAAGAGAUAAUACUGAUAGUGAGGUAAAGGGUGUUGCCAGAAACCAUGACAAGAGUGAUGAGGUUGGUGAUAAUGUUUCUGAGAGAUCUCAGGAAAAGAAGAACAUUACUGCACACACUGAGUUUGUGGAAGGUUGGCCAAAAUGGCUUGUUGAUAAUAUCCCACCAAACGUGUUGGAUAGUUUGGCUCCCAAGAGUGCUGAUUCCUAUGAAAAACUUGGAAAGGUAGGGCAUGGAACAUAUAGCAAUGUGUACAAAGCCCGAGAUAAAGAGAGUGGAAAGAUUGUUGCUUUGAAGAAGGUAAGGUUUGACACAUCAGAUCCUGAAAGCAUAAAGUUUAUGGCAAGAGAGAUAAUGAUUCUGCAGAAGCUGGAUCAUCCCAAUGUCAUCAAACUGGAAGGACUUGCAACAUCAAGGAUGCAGUAUAGUCUUUAUCUUGUUUUUGAUUACAUGCUCUCUGACCUUACAAGAAUUAUCUCUCGCCCUGGGCACAAACUCACUGAACCGCAGAUCAAGUGUUAUAUGCAGCAACUGCUUCUGGGGCUCCAGCAUUGUCAUGAGAGGGGAGUUAUGCAUAGAGAUAUUAAACCUUCCAACUUGUUAGUAGACAAAAAAGGGGUGCUAAAAAUUGCAGAUUUUGGGCUGGCAAAUUCUUUCGCUAUAAAACCAGAAGGGCCAUUCACAAAUCGAGUGGUGACACUUUGGUAUAGGGCUCCUGAACUUCUUUUAGGUUCAACAAAUUAUGGAUGUGAAAUUGAUCUCUGGAGUGCAGGAUGCUUGUUGGCUGAGAUGUUCCUUGGAAGGCCACUUAUGCCCGGGAGGACAGAGGUUGAGCAACUUCACAUGAUCUUCAAACUGUGUGGUUCACCUUCUGCGGAAUAUUGGAUGAAAAUGAAGCUAAUAACAAGCUUCCUUCCACCACAACAUUACAAACCUAAUUAUCACGAAAACUUCAAGGAUUUUCCUUCCUCUGCAUCUUCUCUCUUGACCACACUUCUUCAUCUUCACUCUCAGGCACGUGGCACUGCCGCCACUGCUCUUCAAAGCCAAUUUUUCAAGUCAAGUCCAUUAGCAUGCGACAUUUCAGCGUUACCAGUAAUAUACAAAGACGAGGAUGGUCGCUCACCAACAAAGAGACGCAAAAGGCGAAAGAGACUGAAAAAUAAAGGGCAUGUAUUUCAAACAAGUACAUGCAGUAUGAACCAAUCACUAAAGAACAAUACUUCUGAACAGAGCAAGAGAGAUUCAGAAUCAUCAAAAGAGAGAAUUAUGGAAUCACUAAAAAGAAUCAUAGCAACGGGUGCUCUCUUUAACAACCAAUGCUACGAGGAUAAUUUAGAAUUGAAAUUGGCCAAAGCUAAGAGUGUGGCAAGAGAGAUGAAAGGUGAAGAAAUUGGGAAAAGUGGAAGGGAGACUUGGUCACUUUUGAUGAAGGAGAGUAGCACGAGCAUGAACGGAUCUAUAUCCCCACUUUUUCUCUCAAGUGUGAAAAAAUCCCCUAAAACAGAGGGCCAUCCGAAUGCUCUUAAGAACAUAAAAAACUAUACCCUCUUACAAGCCUCAAUAAUUGAUAUUAUCAAUCGCAACCAAGGCAAUGAAAGUGCUUCCUUGCGUAAGUCCUUUUCUGCGUUGGAUUUUCGGCUUCAUCCAGAGAAGCUAUCAAGCCUCUACGGGCCUCUUCUGAAAUCGCCCCACGAAACGUGA